AUGGAAGAAGAAGAAAAACUCCUUAUCCCAUAUCAAGAAAAAGACGAAGGAAACCGGCUUUAUAAGCUUGGAGAAAUUGAAAAUGCCAGUAAAUCUUACUCAAAAGCCCUUCUCGCUGUAAAUUAUUUAUUCAAAGAUGCAAAAAUUGUUGAAGAAGACGCAAUGAAAUACGUAAAAGAAAUAAAAAUCCCUUGUCUUUUAAACCUUUCAGCUUGUUACCUAAAAUUGAAAAGUUCUUACUCCCCCCCCUCCGUGAGUGGACAAAAAAAUUUUGUUCACUCACGGAGGGGGGUUAAUUUUUUUUUUAAAUAAUUUAUAUAUAAAUUUUAUAAAAAUUUUGUUUUUCGAAAUUUCAAAAAAUCCUAAUUCGCAAAAAUUGGAAAGCAAAUAAUAAUUUAAUUUAUAAAAUUUAUGUUUUAAAAAGCAAUUCGUAAAAUUAAAUAGAAUUAGCUCUAGAUUUCAUUAUAGUAAUUAUCAUUUAUAUAUCAAAAGUUUUUUUCAUAAAAAAUGUUUUCUAUUAAAAAAAUUUUUGUCACUCACGGAGGGUGAGUUUUUGGGCAAAAAAUAGCGAUUUUUUCUAAUGGUUUUGUUCACUCACGGAGAGGGGGGGGAGUUAUGAAAAUGUGAUUAUUCAUUGCUCUGAUGUUUUAAGUAUAGAGCCAGAGAAUUCCAAAGCACUUUAUAGAAGAGGAGUAGCUAAUAUGGAGCUUGCGAAUUAUGAUGAGGCCAGAAAAGACUUAAAAGAAGCCAGAAAUCUGGAGCCGAAUGAUAACAACAUAUAUGAAGCACAGGUAGAGCUGAAGAAAAAAAUUAGUGCUUAUAAAGAAAAAACAAAAAAAAUCGCACAAAAGACGUUUGAAAGCAAAAAAGAGCCGAUAAAAGAAUCUAGCCAAGAGGCUACAAAAGAGCAAGAGGCUACAAUAGAGCAGUCUCUCCAAGAUCCACAGCCAAUCCCAGACCUGCAGCCUGCAACACAGCCAUAUUUUUAUUUUUUAUUUAAAUGUUGCAGAAGAAGAGCUAAUAUUCAGCAUUAA